CCGGCCGGGAAGGAGAGACGUGCGGCGGGGAGCCCCACCGGGACGAGCGAGGCAGCCCAGGAGGAACGCGCCGUGAGGGAAAACCGGGCUGUGAGGAGCCCAGGAGCGUCGGGCUGCGAGGGGAAACCGGGCUGUGAGGAGCCCAGGAUCGACGGGCGGUGAGGGAGGUCCAGGCUUUGCGAAGGCGCCGCCCUCCACCACGUUCCCGGCAGCCUCCGCCGCUGGGGGGGGCCGGCAGCGGCGCAAGAUGGCGGCGGACAGCGAACCCGAGUCGGAGGUGUUCGAGAUCACGGACUUCACCACCGCCUCCGAGUGGGAGAGAUUUAUUUCAAAAAUAGAAGAAGUAUUGAAUGACUGGAAGCUUAUUGGGAUUUCUUCAGGCAAACCUCUAGAGAAGGGUAUAUUUACCACAGGAACAUGGGAAGAGAAAUCAGAUGAAAUUUCAUUUGCAGACUUCAAAUUCUCAGUUACCCAUCAUUAUCUUGUACAAGAACCCAGUGACAAAGAUGGGAAAGAAGAGCUGGGAGAAGAUGCCCUUCCUCUGCCAAUGCAGGACCUGCUGUGCAUGAACAAUGACUUUCCUCCUCGAGCCCACUGUCUGGUGAGAUGGUAUGGCUUACGUGAGUUUGUGGUGAUUGCUCCGGCUGCAAAUAAUGAUGCUGUUAUUAGUGAAUCCAAGUGUAACCUCUUGCUGAGUUCCAUUUCCAUUGCACUGGGCAACACUGGCUGUCAGGUGCCACUGUUUGUGCAGAUCCAUCACAAGUGGCGCCGGAUGUACGUCGGGGAGUGCCAGGGCCCGGGCGUUCGCACGGACUUCGAGAUGGUUCAUCUGCGCAAGGUGCCCAGCCAGUACACCCAUUUAGCAGGGCUGCUGGACAUCUUCAAAACCAAGAUUGGCUGCCCUUUAACACCUCUGCCUCCAGUUAGCAUGGCUAUUCGCCUUACCUUUGUGCUCCAGGACUGGCAGCAGUACUUCUGGCCACAGCAGCCACCAGAUAUAGAUGCUCUAGUUGGGGGAGAAGUUGGAGGCCUGGAAUUUGGGAAGUUACCAUUUGGUGCCUGUGAAGAUCCUAUUAGUGAGCUGCAUUUAGCUACAACAUGGCCUCACCUCGCAGAAGGGAUAAUUGUUGACAACGAUGUUUAUUCUGACCUGGAUCCACUUCAAGCACCCCAGUGGUCUGUGAGAGUUAGAAAAGCAGAUAACCCUCAGUGUCUGUUGGGUGACUUCCUCACUGAAUUCUUCAAGCUUUGCCGUCGGAAGGAGUCAACUGAUGAGAUACUUGGAAGGUCUGCAUUUGAUGAGGAAGGAAAAGAGGUUGCUGAUAUCACCCACGCGCUGUCGAAGCUCACAGAGCCAGCACCAGUCCCGAUCCCCAAAUUAUCAGUCACAAAUAUGGUUCACAGUGCCAAGAAGAAGAUCCGCAAGCACAGAGGUGUGGAUGAGUCUCCUCUGAACAAUGAUGUGCUCAACACCAUUCUCCUGUUCUUAUUUCCUGAUGCUGCUGACAAACUUGCAGAUGUAUUUGAAAACAGAGCCAGCACUUCAGCAGGAAACAAUCCUCCUCCAGAGAAUGAAGAUUAUAAUCUCUUCAGUCAGUUUAAGUCUGCUCCAGCUGACAGUCUGACAUACAAAUUAGCUUUAUGUCUUUGUAUGAUAAACUUCUACCAUGGAGGAGUCAAAGGAGUGGCACAUCUUUGGCAAGAGUUUGUGCUGGAAAUGCGUUACAGAUGGGAGAACAACUACCUUAUUCCAGGAUUAGCUAAUGGCUCUCCAGAUCUGAGAUGUUGUUUACUGCACCAGAAACUUCAGAUGCUAAAUUGUUGCAUUGAAAGGAAGAAAGCAAGAGAUGAGGGGAAAAGGGGGAGCAUGUCUGAUCGUUCACCUGGUGGUGCUUCUGGUGAUGGUGCCAAAGGAGGAGAUCACUCUGGAGAUAACCCUGACAAGGAAAAAGAAUUUGGCAAGUCUUGGGAAUCAUGGAGUGACAGUGAAGAGGAAUUUUUUGAAUGUCUCAGUGACACAGAAGAUCUUAAAGGAAAUGGACAGGAAAAUGGCAAGAAAGGAGCAAAAGAGUCUGUAAACUUAAAACCAGAAGGUCGUUUGCACCCACAUGGAAAACUGAUGCUGCUGCAUCCAGGAGAGCCUCUCUACGUUCCCAUAACACAGGAGCCAGCCCCCAUGACUGAAGACCUGCUGGAGGAGCAGUCGGAGGUGCUGGCGAAGCUGGGCACGUCCGCAGAGGGCGCUCACCUGCGGGCGCGCAUGCAGAGCGCCUGCCUGCUCUCAGACAUGGAGUCCUUCAAGGCAGCUAAUCCUGGCUGUUGUCUGGAGGAUUUUGUGAGGUGGUACUCACCUCGGGACUACAUCGAGGAGGAAGUGAUUGAUGAGAAGGGGAAUAAAGUCAUCAGGGGCGAGCUGAGUGCCCGCAUGAAGAUUCCCAGCAACAUGUGGGUGGAGGCCUGGGAGACAGCAAAGCCAGUCCCAGCACGGAGGCAGAAGAGGCUUUUUGAUGACACCAGGGAGGCUGAGAAGGUACUUCAUUACCUUGCAGUUCAGAAACCAGCUGACCUUGCAAGGCAUCUCCUGCCUUGCAUCAUCCAUGCAGCUGUACUCAAGGUAAAGGAAGAAGAAGCAGUAGAAGAUAUAUCUUCAGUUAAGAAGAUCAUUAAGCAGAUAAUAUCCCAUUCCAGCAAAGUGCUACGGUUUCCUAGUCCAGAGGACAAGAAGUUGGAAGAAAUCAUCGCUCAGAUUAUGAGUGUGGAAGCCAUCAUUGCCAGGGCGAGGUCUCUCAAAGCAAAAUUUGGGGUAGAGAAAUGUGAAAAUGAAGAGGAGAAAGAAGAUCUACAAAGAUUUGUAAACAGUCUCCUGGAGCAGCCAGAGGUGUCAGUUGUUGGUGCAGGAAGAGGACCUGCUGGCAGCAUCAUUCACAAGCUGUUUGUGAAUGCUCAGAGGCUGACUGAAUCUUCUGAUGAGGUCCCCGCCGUGCCGCCGCUGGAGGAGGAGCUGCGGCGCUCGGGCUCGCAGGAGGAGCGCAGGCAGGGGGUGCAGUCGGAGUUCCCCCCGCCCGCGGGCCGGGAGGUGAUCCUGCGCGCCUCGGUGCCCCGGCCCGCCCCCUACUCCAAGGCGCUGCCGCAGCGCAUGUACAGCGUGCUGACCCGCGAGGAUUUCCGGCUGGCGGGGGCCUUCUCGGCGGACACCACCUUCUUCUGACACGGCCCGUGCGGCCGGGACUCAUUGCUGCGGGCGGGGAGCGCUGCAGAGGGACUGGCGUGCGCUGCAGCCGGGGCGCUGCUUCCCAAGGACUUGGAUUAGCCGCCGCGAGAGGGGGCUGGAGCAACUCAUCUCCGAGGUUUGGAAUGGCUUCAGGAGUGGUUUCAAACUCUCUGUCCCAAGGGAGCAUAUUUUCCUUUUCCUUGCAUUAGCUUAAUUAUGGACCUGAAUGGGCUGUGUGCAAAUAUUCAUGUUGAAAUUCAUGCAGAAUGUGCUGGUUUGCACUUCAGGAUCAGACUUUUAUCAAGUGACGUUAGUCUACUUAAAUUGAUAUAUAUAAACAUUAAGUGAUUUAUAUUUAUUACUAAUCAUAAUCACAGAGCCCAGUAUUUUUUGGUUAAUCACUGUUUCAAGUGCUUCUGAAAUAUCCUUAUUUUUAUUUAAAGUGUACAGUUCUUACUCUAGUUUGUGCUAAACUCUUCUGGUUGUCCAGAUCUCAUCGCUUCUCCCAAACAGACCUAAGUGGACAGUGAGUCUGACUGACAGCCUGCAGUGGAUCCCUGAGGGCUUGGGAUACUUUGUAUCCUUCCCUUUGUGCAAGGGCCAAAGUUGGAUGGAAAUGACACCCUGGAGGUGUUUCACUGUGAGCAACUCACUGGUGUUUACCGAGGCUAUUCGUCUGCACUCCCUGUCAUCGAUGGGAGAGGAGGGGACAGCUCUGUCACCUCUGGCUCCUCACCCCACCUGUGCCAAUGUUGCUUUACAGUGACCUUCAUCGGUUUGAAUGAGGAUCAGCAGAUCAGCAUUACUUUACAAAUGUACAAACAGCUUACAGUAUUGUGGACAUUACUCAAUAAAUAUGAACGUACUGUUGGCUCUCAGUA